UUGACGCAUCGUUAUUCCUGAAAAUCAAACGACUACGGGAGCCGGAAAUCGACGAGCGACAAUCCAGAGGUCGCAGCGGUCGCGGAUUUCCAGAAUGGCUGAAGUCGGGUUUCCCUUUUCUUUCCGAGUCGUCAGCCAUCAUGCCGCCUAAGAAGGACACGAAGGGGUCUUCUAAGCAACCCCAGAAGACCCAGAAAAAGAAGGAGGGAGGAUCUGGUGGCAAAGCCAAAAAGAAGAAGUGGUCCAAGGGAAAAGUUCGCGACAAGUUGAACAACCAGGUCCUGUUCGACAAAGGAACAUACGACAAAUUGCUGAAAGAAGUGCCUCAGUACAAACUGAUCACACCCUCAAUCGUCAGUGAAAGAUUGAAGAUCCGUGGAUCUCUGGCCAGGCGAGCGCUCAACGAACUUCAGCAGAAGGGACUGAUCAAGCAGGUCGUUCAACACCACGCCCAACUUAUCUACACCCGAACCACAAAGGGUGAUGACCCAGCUGCAUAAGCUGCUGUUUCCACCUUACCAUGUAUAAUUUGGUUUAAUAAUAAAUAAGGAAAAACCCAAAUUAA